UCGCUAACCCGGAAUCUUGAGAAUGGGGAAGAUGAGAAGUGAAGUAGUCUCCGCAUGCGACAGUAACGGAAUCAUGACUCCUAAUUUCGUAACAACCUUUUCCGUCGAUUUCAGAUGGCACCGGUAGCCCAGUCAACUCUGUAUGCUCCGACGGGGCAGUUCAGUCGUGUCUAUAGGGGCUGUUUGAAGACGAUUGACUGGCUAAAGCUGCCCUGAACAAGAAUUCAUCAUCGGUGCCGAGGGCUGCUUCAAAAUAGGAGAGGGGCACUCAGCUUCCGGGUGUUCGGAAGCGCUCUCACUUUCAAAAUAGGUUUCUUUAUAUGCUGUCGGGACAUCAACGCGGAGGUUGGAUACCGCUCGGAAACAUCAAGCUCAAGCACAUCAGGACAAGAAAAAAGAAUGUCUCCUCAACGGCGCCUCACAGGUGCUGCCGCUAUUCUCUACGCGCUUAAAUCCGCUGGUAUAUCGCAUCUCUUCGUGAAUUUGGGAUCUGAUCACCCAGCUUUCCUCUUAGAGUUCGCAUCGCAGUCACAUGAGGACCUUCAAAUUUUUACGUCUCCCAAUGAGAUGAAUGCUUUGUCGGCGGCUUCUGGAUUCGCUCAGAUCACAGGGUGUCCUGCUGCCGUGCUCGUCCACGUCGAAUGUGGCACUCAGGGACUCGCCGGUGCGAUCCACAACGUCUCGAAAGGGCGCAUUCCCGUAAUAAUCCUUGCGGGCACUGUCCCGAUAACCAUGGCCGGCGAGAUCCCGGGAAGUAGGAAUGAGUAUAUACACUGGAUCCAGGACGUGCCAGACCAGCGAGCCAUCGUGCGGCAAUACAUGCGUUACGAGCAUGAGAUACGUCGACCGCAUAACGCAGCGCAGAUUGUUUUGCGUGCUUUGCAGUUCGCCUUGAGCAGCCCGCAGGGACCCGUAUAUCUGAUCGCCAGUCGGGAAACCCUUUGCGAAGACUUCGACGAGACCGACACGCAGGUACGGUCGCUGCGAGAGUACGGGAAAAACACGGCCGUUGAGCCUAUUGGACUGUCUCCGACAGCACCCGAGGAACUGACAAAUGUUAUGCUGAAGGCAGAGCGGCCUCUUAUCGUGACGAGCUACUGCGGCCGUUCUAUAAGGGGUUUCGAGGCGCUGAAAGCCGUCGCGGAACUUCUGGCAAUACCAGUGCAUGAGAAUGCGCCGAUAUACAACAACUUUCCCACAACAUCCUUCUUACACCAGGGACAUCAAUGGAAUGGCGGCGGCCAGCUACCUGCGCUAGCCGAGGCUGACGUCGUGAUCGUCAUCGACGCGGAUGUGCCCUGGAUUCCGGCACAAAGCAAGCCAUCUCAGAAAGCGCGGAUAUUUCACCUUGAUAAUGACCCGCUCAAGGAGGGAAUGACCCUGUGGUCUUUGCCAUGCGAGAGAAGAUGGAAAUGUGACUCGCCGUUAGCGCUAGAGCAGCUUUGCGCGUCGAUACGGGGUAGCCCUGUGCUAGGCCAGGCAGAGACUCGAGAACGAAUCGGGGGACGCACUAGUUACCUUCGAGAACGCUUCAGCCAAAGACGCAGUGCAUUGUUGAGAGCCGAAGCGCCUGCACAUGAUGGCCGAGUUACCGUUCCGUAUUUCAUGUCACGUCUUCGAGAGGCCACUGCCGACGUCCGCGUGGUAGGCCUCAACGAAAGUACGACCAAUUUAGGAAAUGUUGCUGAUCACUUUCAUCACCGUCUCCCACUCUCGCUUAUAGGUAGUGGUGGCGGUUCCCUAGGCUGGUACUCUGGCGGUGCAGUUGGUGCUUCACUGGCCCUCAGAGCUUCUGGAAGGCUUGACGACUUGGUGGUAGCAUUCGUCGGGGAUGGCACCUGGCUCUUCGGCGUGCCCAGUUGCGCCUAUUGGAUGGCGAAGAAGUACGAAACUCCUUUCCUCACGGUUAUAUGGAAUAAUGGGGGCUGGGCGAGUCCGAGGAACGCUUUUCUACGACUCAACCCGGGAAUGGCACAGAGCAACCAAACCGAGGGGAAACUGAGUGAUAGAGUGAUGACCUCGAUCACCCCGUCCCCUGCAUUUGGGAAGAUCGCCGAGGGCGCAGGGGAUGCCUGGUGGCAGGUCGUGAGGAGCAACGAGGACGUCGAUGAGACUUGCAAAAAAGCGAUCCAGGCCGUCCGGGAGGAGAAGCGGUGUGCCGUGAUCGAGGUUGUCCUCGACAGCGUUUGACCUACGCGAAUAUGAUGCCUCUGAUUUCGCACUGCGUAAGCGGUCUCGCUCGUCAGCCGAGGUCGUGAGGUUCAGUCCUUGCCGGUGUAUACGUACCGCCAACCACUACACAAA